UGUUUCCCUCAUACCUUCAUCCAACGUAACGUUAGCCUACUAUGCGUGUGAGUGCAUGAGCGUGUGUGAGAGAGAUCGAGCCUUGUUUACAGCGUCAAUUCAACGGAGAGAGACUACAGGAUCUACUACACAUCCUUCACAUCUCCUAAAUGAACACGGGUCCGAUCCUUCAAAAAGCAUCUGUGUCCUCCAUGCUCCGCUUCUUGAAGGGAAAAAUCAAGUCCUGAAAUCUCAGACUGAAGAUGGUGGGAGGCAGUGAGAGACCAUUUUAAACCCUGGACGGAUAUUAUUUGGCAUCUUUCUGAGUUUCUCCACCGAUUUUAGGCCUUUAGAAACGCUGGAUGAGAAGUACAAGGCAUUUCACAGCUGAUGAAGAUCAUACACACAUACACACACUCAUCCAGACUGUUUUAGCCAGCGGACCUAAGCGGGUUUCACUGAAUAACUGCUAAAACCAGCCUGCGAGGAGACCUACAACGUGUUUUCCCCAUUUUUCCCACGACAUGGAGCAUGGAAUUGCGGAUUAUCAAGCCGUUACGUGUUUUUCUCGGUUAUUUUCACAUAUAUUAACGAGGAGAAGCUGUCAAAAAUAAUAUUAAACACGUUUAAGGAGCCCGAGAAUCAGUGCGGGUCAAUCCCCCUCAUGGUGAGGGCAAAGCGGGCUGAAUCUGCUGGAUAAUCUCGCUGGGGUGUCUGGAGGGUCAUUUAUCCCAGCAAAACACCAUGAAGAUGGAAGAAAUUGGUUUUGUUUGAUUAUUCCCAGCUCUUGUGUAUCUCUAUUUUUGUUUUCACCCCCUCUCUAAGCUGGAUAAACCAACUUUGAUCAUAUUUUUGUACUGAGAACGAAGACUUCAAGAGUCAAGCAUCAUCCACUUUGAAGGGUUGAGCUGCCUCCCCUUUUUUGUAAUAUAUUUAAUUUUUUUUUUUUUUAAACAAGUGUUUGCCUUGUUUUUGUACAGGAAUGAGGUCUAGCAGACAGAGGCGAUAUUGGACCUUGUUUUGUGGUCUGGUGCUGGUCCUCUCCACACUCUGUCAUGGAGAAAUCUGUGGUCCAGGCAUUGACAUUGGCAAUGACAUCAGUAACUUCAAGCGGCUGGAGAACUGUACAGUGGUUGAGGGAUACCUGCAGAUCCUCCUCAUCGGAGGCAAAAACAAUAACAACCAGGAGGUCUUCCGCACCCUCAGUUUCCCCAAACUGACCAUGAUUACGGAUUACCUUCUCCUCUUCCGUGUAUCCGGGCUGGACAGCCUCAGCACUCUCUUUCCUAAUCUCGCCGUGAUCCGGGGCCGUAACUUGUUCUACAACUACGCCCUGGUCAUAUUUGAGCUGACCAGCCUGAAGGACAUCGGCCUCUACAACCUGCGGAACAUCACGCGGGGUGCCAUACGAAUCGAGAAGAAUCCCGAGCUCUGCUACUUGGAUUCCGUGGACUGGUCUCUCAUUAUGGGUGCCGAUUUGAACAAUUACAUUGCUGGAAAUAAGCAGUCCAAGGAGUGUGGAGAUGUUUGCCCGGGAAUCAUGGAGGACAACCCUCAGUGUAUCAAGACGAACUUCAACGACAAUGACAAUUACAGAUGCUGGACCUCCAACCAUUGCCAGAAAGUUUGUCUGAAGUGUGGACAGCGGGCGUGUACUGAUUCGGGCGAGUGCUGUCACCCCCAGUGCCUGGGCAGCUGCACCGUGCCCGACAACGACAGGGCCUGUGCCGCCUGCCAGCACUACUAUCAUGAGGGCCGCUGUGUGGAGGACUGCCCGCCGGGCACGUACAAGUUUGAGGGCUGGCGUUGCAUCACCAUGGACUUCUGCUCCAAGGUCCACCUGCCUGAUUAUGACCGUUUCGUGAUCCACGGAGGAGAGUGUAUGUCUGACUGCCCACCCGGCUUCACGCGUAAUGAGAACCAGAGCAUGUUCUGCACUGCCUGUGAUGGCCUAUGUGACAAGAUCUGUGAUGAAAAGGUCAUUGACUCAGUGGACGCGGCUCAGUCCCUCAAGGGCUGCACCGUUAUCAAAGGCAACCUGCAUAUCAACAUCCGCCGUGGCACUAACAUAGCUUCGGAGUUGGAGAACUUCCUGGGACUCAUCAAGACGGUGACGGGAUACAUUAAGAUACGUUCAUCACACACACUGAGCUCUCUCUCCUUCCUCAAGAGCCUGAGAUACAUCCUUGGAGAGGAACUCUGGGACGACACGUAUGCCUUUACUGCCUUGGAUAACCAGCAUCUACAAAUGCUGUGGGACUGGUCCCAGCACAAUCUCACAAUAAAAGAAGGAAAAUUGUACUUCCGCCAGAACCCCAAACUCUGCAUGUCCGAGAUCCGCAAAAUGUGGGAGAAAACAGAAAUUGAGGAGAAGUUUUUGGAAGAAGAUUUCCGCAACAAUGGAGACCGUGCAAGCUGUGGGAGUAAAACCCUUAAGUUCAUAUCAAAUAGCACGAGGAGUAAUAGAAUCGAGUUGACGUGGGAACUUUAUCGGCCACCCGAUUCCAGAGACCUCGUCAGUUUUAUUGUAUACUACAAAGAAGCGCCUUUCCAGAACCUUACAGAGUUUGAUGGUCAGGAUGGUUGCGGAUCGGACAGCUGGAACAUGGUUGACGUGGACUUACCAGAAGAACAAACCCAAAAUCCGGGUGUUAAGCUGUCCAUGCUGAAGCCCUGGACUCAGUAUGCCAUCUUUGUGAAAGCUGUAACGUUACUUGUGGAGGACAGGGACAGGGACAGGGACAAGGACAGACAGCAUCUUGGGGCGAAGAGUGAAGUGGUGUAUAUUCGGACCAAACCAUCAGCACCCUCAAUGCCCGUGGACAUUCGUGCGUACUCUAAUUCUUCAUCAAAGCUGGUGGUGCGGUGGUCUCCACCUGUGGCCCCCAAUGGAAACAACACCUACUACCUGCUCCGCUGGAAGCAGCAGGGCGAGGACCAUGAGCUCUACCAGCACAACUACUGCUCCAAAGAACUGAAGAUCCCCAUCAGGAUUUCAGCUACGGGUUUGACAGAAACCGAAGACAUCAAACCCACCAAUCCUGAAACAGGGGGGCGGGACAAAGUCCCCUGUUGUCCAUGCCCUAAAACAGAGAAGGAUCUGAAGCAAAUCGAGGACGAUAUCUACUACCGCAAAGCCUUUGAGAAUUUCCUUCAUAAUGCCAUAUUCACCCCCAGACCUCCUGACAGGCGGCGGCGAGAUCUGUUUGGUGUGGCCAAUGCAACUUCCAUCCACACUCUGCUGUCGGGAAACUGGAACAUGACGAAGGGAAACUUCUCAGAUGAUCAGCCGCCUAGACAGGAAUUUUCCUUUCUAGAGAGGAAGGUGAAGGAGCGAACUGCUGACAUCAGUGGCCUGCAGCCCUUCACCGUUUACCGCAUCGACGUGCACGCCUGCAAUGAAGAGGUUCGGCACUGCAGCGCGGCCGCCUUUGUCUUUUCCCGCACCAAACCGGCUGAAAGAGCUGAUGACAUUCCUGCUCCAGUGACCUGGGAAGGUCUGGAGGAUUCGGUGUUCCUGAAGUGGCCUGAACCGCAAAAACCCAACGGCCUGAUCCUCCUGUAUGAGAUUCAGUAUCGUCUUGGGACAGAGCCUGAUAAGCAUGAGUGUGUAUCCCGCCAACACUACAGGGAGCACAAAGGGGUGAAACUCUCCAAUUUGGGACCUGGGAACUAUUCUGCCCGUGUGCGGGCUACGUCUCUCGCCGGAAACGGGUCGUGGACUGAACCCAUAGCUUUCUAUGUGCUUCAGGUCGAACAAUCAGGUUAUGAGCACUUCCUGUACUUCAUGAUCAUCCCGAUUAUCCUGAUUUUCGCUGCCUUCGGUGCAGUGGCUUUCAUCUUUGUGAACAAGAAACGAAACAGUGACAGGCUUGGAAAUGGAGUCCUUUAUGCUUCCGUUAACCCGGAGUACUUCAGCGCAGCAGAGAUGUAUGUGCCGGAUGAAUGGGAAGUGGAGCGAGAGAAAAUCACUAUGUGCCGAGAGCUUGGACAAGGAUCCUUUGGUAUGGUGUAUGAGGGCAUCGCCAAAGGUGUCGUCAAAGAUGAGCCAGAAACCAGGGUGGCCAUCAAAACGGUCAACGAAUCGGCUAGCUUGCAUGAACGCAUCGAGUUCCUUAAUGAAGCCUCCGUGAUGAAGGAGUUCAAUUGUCACCAUGUGGUGCGUCUGCUGGGCGUGGUCUCACAGGGUCAGCCCACCCUGGUGAUCAUGGAGCUGAUGACACGAGGAGAUCUGAAGAGUUACCUGCGCUCGCUUCGAUCCGCUGAGAACACCUCCAGCUUGCCUUUGCCACCAUUGAAGAAGAUGAUUCAGAUGGCAGGAGAGAUCGCGGAUGGCAUGGCUUACCUCAACGCCAACAAGUUUGUUCACAGAGACUUGGCAGCAAGGAAUUGCAUGGUGGCAGAGGAUUUUACCGUCAAAAUUGGUGAUUUUGGCAUGACGCGGGACAUUUAUGAGACGGAUUACUACAGAAAAGGAGGUAAGGGACUGCUGCCUGUGCGCUGGAUGUCUCCCGAGUCCCUCAAAGAUGGAGUAUUCACCACAAUGUCUGAUGUCUGGUCCUUUGGGGUAGUGUUGUGGGAAAUAGCCACCCUGGCCGAGCAGCCCUAUCAGGGCAUGUCCAAUGAGCAGGUACUGCGGUUCGUAAUGGAGGGGGGACUGCUAGACAAACCAGACAACUGCCCUGAUAUGCUAAGCCAUAUCGUCUCACAGAAGGAUGUUUUCAAUCACUCAGCUGAUGUUAUGAAGUUUGAGCUGAUGCGCAUGUGCUGGCAGUACAACCCCAAAAUGCGGCCAUCCUUCCUGGAGAUCAUCAGCAGCAUCAAGGACGACCUGGAGGGGGCCUUCAAGGAGACGAGCUUCUUCUACAGCGAGGAGAACAAACCUCCCGACAUGGAAGAGCUGGACAUGGAGAACGUGGGAACCAUGGAGAACGUUCCUCUGGAGCCGUCCUCCAGCCUGCAGCCGCUGGCGCCCUCAUUGGCCUCCCCUCAACAGUGCGCCCCCGCGCCCCAGGGCUCCGGCACUCCGGCCGGCCCGUCCUCGCCGCCUUCCUCCCCCAGCUCCACGGACAAGCACCCGCUCCCCGCGUCUGCGGCAAACGGGCCCUCCAUGGUUCUCCGGAGCCCGUUUGACGAGACCCAGCCUUACGCUCACAUGAACGGGGGCCGUAAGAACGAGCGUGCCUUGCCUCUGCCCCAGUCGUCGGCUUGCUGAUCGACGGCCCGACCCCGUUUCCGGACACGUGGACACGUCUCUGUCUGUCAAGCCACUGUGUGGUCUCCUGAGAAGAAAUAUUAAAAUAAAGAGACAAGGAAAGUGAGAGUCCAGGCAAUCAAUUUUUUCAAUCAUACCUCAACGGACAAAGUUUGGAUUUCUUUGUUUUUUGUGUAUUUCGAAUUGAUUGACAUGAACUCAUUUGUUAUUUCCGCAGACUGGAUCACUGACUGAAAAACCAUGACCUUCACUCUCGCACUCGAUAGGCUGACUGUUUUUGUUACGUUUUGUUACUUUUCUAAACUUCCAAAACUGGUUUGAAGGUCUAUCAGAGCCAGUAGAGGUACGGUGGCAUUAUUACGAAACGCUCUGCGUAUCUCCAAGCGAAUCCAACGCCGAAGCACUUGCUCUUGUCUAGAUUAGGCGUGCGAGUUCCUCUUCCGCCCAUCUUAGUAGUGAAACCCAACCUUGAUACGGAGAUCUUUGGCUUCCACUCUCUCCGAAUCAUCUGGCUCUGCGACAUAGUGAAGAAAUUCUCCAAUCUGCCAAAUGUCUUACGUUGCCAAAUUGCAUACUGUUGUCUGAUUCCCCAAAAUAUGCAAAUACGACCACAUAUGUUGUUUUUUACACUGGUGAUCCAAAGCAUCUUUUACUUCAAAACACAAUCAAUAGAGAGAUAUUUCCCUGAUUCCCACGUUUUCUGUCGUCUUGCUUUGGGUUUCGGACGAAAUGAUGCAAAAGUCGAAGAGCGAAAGCAGCAGAUGUUUCAACUUUUAAAGGGAAUUGGGUCAAAAAGAAGCUCAAAAGAUUAAAAAUUGUGGCAUUUGAAAUCUUCACAACAAUUCUGUCGCUUGGUCAUUCAGUCGUACUUCAGACCACAGAGCGUGUGCAACGUUUGUCGGUCACUUUUGUACCUUUUUUACAGUUCAGAUUGAUCAUUUAUAUGUCUGUGCUGAAAAAAGCUGCUAUUUUAUUCUCAUUUUUCUUUUGUGGUUGUUAUAUAUAUAUAUAUAUAUAUGAAUAUAUGAAUAUAUGAUAUAUAUAUAUAUAUAUAUAUAUAUAUAUAUAUAUAUAUAUAUAUAUAUAUAUAUAUAUAUAUAUAUAUAUAUAUAAUGUAAAGAGAUUCUUCAGGUGUAAUCCUUUGCCUUUCCACUACAGUCCAUUUUAUGAUGCUUAUAGUUCAGUUUUCCAAUGUAAAGUUGUUUAAUGCCUUCUUUUUUGAUAUACUCUCUUUAAAAGCAAAACCGGCAAUUGAACACACUUCUGUAUCAAACACACUUCUGUCUUCAUGGCGGCAUCUUGACCACAUGAUUCUAUAAUAACAGCUGAACACUGUGUCUCUCCUCACAUUAAUGCGCAACAAAUACUCUCAGGUCAAACUCCUAAAAGUUUCGGUCUCAGACCCGACGUUUUGUUGUCUCGCUAUUCAUUCCUCUGUAACCGACAAGAUAUGACUCAAAAUUUGGCAAAGUUUGAAUUCAUUUCACUGCUUGAAGAUAGACUCGUCUCAUAUUAUGAACUCUGCAUUUCCUUUCUUCCAAGCAGAGCCUGAUAAAUGACGAUUAUACAGAUAUGAUUCAGCAUAUCUCUAUGCAGAAGUUGUGUUUGUAACAUAGAUCACUUAUAUACAUUUAAGAUACAGGUUUGACUAUGAGCGCCAGUUUUGGGGAUUUUUCUUUUUCUUUCUUUUUUUUUUUUUUUUUUUGAAGGAUUUUUCAAAGGAAAAACUGUCACCUUUUUUUUUGUUUGUUUUCCCCCAUUCUGACCUUUUUAUUUUCAUUAUUUAUUUAGUUUCUUUUUUUCCUCUCUCUUGUUUUUGUGAUGUUUAUAAUCACUGUAAACCCCCACCUUGAUUAAGUGUAACAUUUUAGAUAUUUUUAUAUGCUUUUUUUCAUGACAUUGGGACUUUUUUUCUUUUUUUUUCUUUUUUUUUCCUUCAGACAUUUAUCUACCUCACUCUUUUUUUAUGUACCUGUAUAUAAAGUACAUUUGACCUUUUUUCAUGAAAAGGACAAUAUUACUGCUCUCUGUAUCUGGGUAAAACCUCAUAAACGCUACAAACCACAAUCUCGGAGUGGAGAAAAUUUGCCGAAUUAUGGACAUUUUGUAUGACUAGCUGCUUUCUUUCCUAUCGGAUCUCGCUUAAAUUUGUUUAUUAUUUAUUUGUGAGAUUAAAACAAGAACAGGUCUGACAAUUGACUCCAAAUGUGCUGGAAUGUUGUCGAUGUUUAAUUUAUCCAUCUUUUAACUUGAGGGUAAAAGUCAAUAGAUGGAAUAUUUUUGAGGAUAUAAUUGUUCUGAUCUCCUCUCCCAUCCAUGUCUCUGAAUCCCACUGUUGGCAUCAUUAUUAUUUUACGUUUUUAUUACACAUUCAUUGGAAUACUCUACUUGUACCAAAUGUUCAUUGAAACUAAAACAGAGAUAUAUACGUUCCUUCUGUAAAGUUUUUGCUGUAGUCGGGUGCAUCAAAUGUACUUAAGUUUUGUGCUGGCUUUGGAAAACUACUUUUUUUUUGUUAUCAGGAAAAAGCCCAGAUAAAAGACCAACACGAUAUCAGGCAAAAAAAAAUUGAGCAUAAUUUAAAUAAAAUUUAGCAAAUGCAAUAAAAAGGUAAAUGGUUGUUAA